AAAAAAAUCGGUGGAAGAAAGAAGCCCUUAUAUCUAUCUAAGGCAGAGAUUUCCUGGGAAAAUAAAAUCGUAGACGCCGUGAAAUUUGUGUUGUAUGCUGGUCUGAUUGGAAUGGCGGGAGCAAGAGCAGGAGCAGGGCGGCUGCUCGCGGCGGAUUUCGCUAUUUCGCUAAUGUGGGUUGUCUCGAACGAGCUAAUCAAGAUAUUCUCCUUGGAUUACGCCGCUACUCAGCUGGAGGCCGACAUUCUUAAAUGUUCCCUCUCCGUUGCCAACAUGUUCGCCUUCGCCUACAUGAGCAAGGCCACCCACGGCGGCGCCUACAAUCCACUCGCCGUCUUGGCCCCCGCCAUUUCCGCUGAUUUUUCCAAUUUCCUUUUCACUGUUGGCGCCCGAAUCCCUGCGCAGGUGGUUGGGUCAGUUUAUGGUGUGAGGCUCAUUAUGUCGACAUUUCCUUGGAUAGAACACAAGCCACACUUGAAAGUUGACAUUGCAACGGGCGCACUGACAGAAGGUCUCCUGGCGCUUGCCAUCGUGACAAUCACCCUUGGCCUGGCUAGAGAGGAUUUCUUUAUGAAAACUUGGAUUUCCAGUCUUGCAAAGCUAACUCUCCACGUUCUUGGUGCAGAUCUAACCGGUGGAUGCAUGAACCCAGCUCCUGUAAUGGGGUGGGCUUUUGCUAAUGAGCAACACAUCACCAAAGAGCAUUUGAUUGUUUACUGGCUUGCACCAGUCGAGGCCACUUUGAUAGCUGUUUGGUUGUCUAGAAUACUUUUUGGAACAAAAAAGGACAAGCCCUCAGCUGUGAAGGAGACAUACCCACAGCAGAAGUCGGAAAAAUAUGUGAAGAUGGAGGCAUCCCCACAGUAGAAGUCGGAAAAAUCAGACUGAAAGUGUCGUUCAUCAUUUAGUUGUACAGUUAAAUAUGCAGUAUUUGGUCAUUAUUUGGUAUCUAUGUCUAGCUUCAGUCAUGUAGUUGAGCAAGUCUAUGUAAGUAGGAAAUCAAGACAUUGAGAUCCAAGGCAUUGUUCAAUCCAUUUUUACUACAUGUAGAGUGCAAGAUUCA